AAUUAAACAAAUGAAAUGAUCCAACCGUCGAUAGUCAACAAAAGAUUCCCCUCCAUCACGACUAUAGAAUCCUAUUAGUAACAACUGACAACUCUGCAACAACUAAUAAUAAACUUAAAAUCACUUAAAUAGGCAAAGCCCACGGUGUUGUGUACCUAAUACUUACCGUGCGAGAUAAAAGACAGCACUCGUACUUGAGAAGAUUGAAGAAGUAAGGAAAUGGCAGCCGCCAAGGGAAAAGUAUGCGUGACCGGGGCUGGAGGCUACCUUGGCUCUUGGGUUGUCAAGCUGCUCCUCUCCAACAACUACGCUGUCCAUGGCACCGUUAGACUAACUGGGGAUGCCAAAUAUGCCCAUUUGAAUCAACUUGAGAAAGCAUCCGACAACCUCAAACUUUUCAAGGCAGAUCUGUUGGAUUUCCAUUCUCUUUGUUCCGCGAUUGUAGGCUGCACCGGUGUCUUCCAUGUCGCUUCUCCUGUUCCCUCCACCACCGUUCCUAAUCCCCAGGUUGAAGUGAUUGAACCGGCUGUAAAGGGCACACUUAAUGUGCUUAAAGCAUGCGUUGAAGCGAAUGUUAAACGGGUGGUUGUAGUGUCCUCUGUAAGUGCUGUUUUCAUGAACCCUAAUUGGCCCAAGGGUCAAAUCAAGGAUGAGACCUGUUGGUCUGACAAGGAAUACUGCACAAGAACAAAGAAUUGGUAUUGCCUCUCAAAAACAGAAGCAGAGAGUGAGGCUUUAGAGUUUGCAACAAAGACUGGGCUUGAUGUUAUUACUGUUUGUCCUACUCUCAUUUUAGGGCCACUUUUGCAGCCCGCUGUGAAUGCUAGUAGCUUGGUUCUCAUUAAACUUUUAAAAGAAGGGUAUGACUCACUGGAAAGCAAGCUUCGGUCAAUUGUAGAUGUGCGUGAUGUAGCUCAGGCAUUGCUUAUGGUAUAUGAGAAGCCCGAGGCCGAAGGAAGGUACAUAUGCACAGCUCACUUGAUCGAGACACAUGACCUUGUUGGCAAGCUGAGAAGUAUAUUUCCUCACUACAAUUAUCCUAAAAGCUUCAUUGAGGGAGGGGACGAAAUGUCACAGAUGCUUAGUUCAGAAAAAUUACAGAGGCUGGGCUGGAGUUAUCGGUCCCUGGAAGAAACUCUUGUGGAUUCCAUAGAGAGCUACAAGAAGGCUGGAAUCGUGGAUUAAAAUAAAAAAGAUUCUUUGUGGUUGAUUUUUAUUUUUGUUGACUCUAUGUUGUGGUUUACUUCAAAUUAUAUCUGGAUUAAUAUGCCAUGAACCCGAGAAAAUUUUAAAGAUGAA